ACUUUCUCUCUCUACCUUUUUGUUUCUCUCUCUUAUGGGGAGUGGCUAUUUUGGGGAGAUGAAUAUGGGGAAUAAUAAUAUUGAUAAGAGGAGAAGUGGGUCGCCGUCGUCGGCGGCGGCGGUGGCGACGGUGGUGAGGAGAGGGAGGAAGGGAGGCGGCGGCGGAGAGAAGCCGAAGCAGCCGCAGAGAGGGUUGGGAGUUGCUCAGUUGGAGAAGAUCAGAUUGCAUGGCGAAAUGGGUUGUGCGGCUUACGGCCACCUGUAUCCAAAUCUCUCCGCCAGCGAUGACAUGAGAAUUGAAACGGCGUCGUCUUCAUCUCCUUCCUAUGGCUUCCACCAAAACUUUAUGGGAAUGGGAGAACAUGAAAGAGGAAGCUUCGGAUAUGGUGAUUCUCAGCCAAUAACUUCUCUAAGAUGGGACCCAACUCAUACAUUCUUGGAGACCCAACAUUUCGGGCAACCAAACAUGACCGGACACCUUUUCAAUACUCAUUUACAGGAUUCAAUUCACGGGAACAUAAAUGUAAAAUACGGGAGUGAUUCAAUGACAUCAAGCAGCCAGAAUUCUGAAUCGAGUGAACUAGAUUUGGAGCUGAGAUUGUCAAUUUAAUAGAACUGAUCGAAUUCUCGAGCAACAGUUCCACGAGCCCGACCAACAACUUACUAGGAGUAUGAGCAUACAAGCUUUCACGAAACCGUCAUAUAAUUAACCCGUAAUGGAUUCAAACAGCUCUUUAGUUCGAUACCGCACUUAAAAAGGUAAAUUUUGAUAAAAGUGUAGGGUUGCUUUUUAGAAGUUUGAAACUAUUGGGGAAAAAAAGAAAUACAAGGGCGUGGUUUGUAAAAUUGGAAAAUUAUAGGGUGUUAUUUGUAAUUAUUAUUUUUAUAUUUAUAUAAAUAUAUAUAAAUAUU